GAGAAGCUGCUGCAGGCGCUGGUGCCGCAGCCCCAUCUGGAGACACGGACAGGACGCUUCGUGGUGGUGGAGCUGGUCACCUGCAAUGUGCUGCUGCCUGCCAUCAGGAAAAUGGCUGAUCCUGACUCGAUCAACCUCCUGCUCAUUGGGGCUUUCUCCAAAAAGACCCGGAGAGAGGAGCCACCCCUUGCACCCCCGGUGCCUGAUUUCUUGCCCUUUAUGGUGCAGACAGACACCAAUCCUGCUGGGCUGCCCCCUUCCCCAAGGCCCAUGGAGGUGCCUGGACGAGAGGCAGGGGCUGCUGGUGAGGAGGGAGAGGACCCAGCGAGCAGGCCGUGCCACACAGAGGAGCCCUUUCUCCGCCCACAAGCCCUGGGCUCUCUCUUCCCCUGCGAGGGUUUGGAGCUAGAGUCCCCCGCACCCGAUGCAGGCCAGGACGUGGACCUGCUGGCACCGUCACCCGCGGGAGAAUUCCUCGAUGAACGCCUCCAGGACAACUCCACUGUGCUGGAGGGACCGGCUGCUUUGGAGGAUGGUGUGGGGGACCUGGAGGAGGGCAUUGCCACCAGCUCAGAUGCUGGCCUGCUUCCCACCUCUGCUUUUGUGCUGAGCUCCUGCCCUGACAUCCAGAUCGACCCAGCAGUUGAGAAGGACGAGGAAAGCCCAGCUGUGGCCAAGAAGGCCUCCUCACAGAGGCCCUCCAGCUUGGGGAAAGAUCUGGGGGCAGCAGAGGGUCCACAGCAAAGCUCCCCAGACCCUGGGCAGGCUCUUCCCCCGCUCUCAUCCUCCCCAACAGCUUCCAUCAGCACCUUCAGCUUUGAGCCCCUCAGCAGCCCCGAUGGGCCGGUUGUCAUCCAGAACCUGCGGAUAACCGGGACCAUCACUGCCCGAGAGCACAGCGGGACUGGCUUCCACCCCUACACCCUGUACACCGUCAAGUACGAGACAGCCCUGGAGGGUGAGAGCGCAGGCAGCCUUCAGCAAAUGGCUUACCACACUGUGAACCGCCGUUACCGGGAGUUCCUCAACCUCCAGACCAGACUGGAGGAGAAACAGGAGCUCCGCAAGUUCCUGAAAAAUAUCAAAGGUCCAAAGAAACUGUUUCCUGAUCUUCCAUUUGGAAACAUGGACAGUGAUAAAGUGGAAGCCAGAAAAAGUCUGCUAGAAUCUUUCUUGAAGCAAUUGUGUGCGGUGCCUGAGAUUGCAAACAGUGAGGAAGUGCAGGAGUUCCUCGCCCUGAACACUGAUGCCAGGAUUGCGUUUGUCAAGAAACCCUUCGUUGUCUCCAGGAUAGACAAG